AUCAAAAUUCCGAACCCAUAAAUUUAAAAUGCUGGCAAGCGGUGAAGCAAAACAAAUUCUGUUCUUUACCUUAAAAAAGUUAAUGGUGAAAAGUGGAUUAGUUCACUUUUCAAACUGUUGCUAAAUAAGUAUUCAAAUCCAGAGUACAGAGAGUAAUGCCAAAGAAUCCCUUUGCAUCCCGCAACCUUUUUGGCUAAAGAUUCAGUGGAAAGUAUACUUUGUUUUUUUGGUCAAAGUACAAAAAAUGGCUAUGGAACCAACUGUUAAAGUGGUUCUUGGUUCAAUUGCCUUUGCUAUUUUUUGGGUAUUGGCAGUUUUUCCUGCUGUCCCUUUCAUGCCUAUUGGAAGAACUGCAGGGUCUCUCCUUGGGGCUAUGCUCAUGGUCCUUUUUCGAGUCUUGACUCCAGAUCAAGCCUAUGCUGCUAUUGAUCUUCCAAUUUUAGGCCUUCUCUUUGGUACUAUGGUUGUUAGUGUUUAUCUAGAAAGAGCAGACAUGUUUAAGUAUUUGGGUAAAUUGCUUGCUUGGAAGAGCCAAGGAGCCAAGGAUUUACUUUGUCGAAUCUGCUUGAUUUCAGCCGUUUCAAGCGCCUUUUUUACCAACGAUACUUCUUGUGUUGUGUUAACCGAGUUUGUAUUGAAAAUAGCUAGGCAACAAAAUCUCCCACCCCAUCCUUUCUUAUUAGCUCUAGCCUCGAGUGCAAAUAUUGGAUCAUCGGCAACUCCAAUUGGGAAUCCUCAGAAUUUAGUCAUAGCAGUACAAAGCAAGAUAUCUUUCGGGAAGUUUUUAUUUGGAAUUCUUCCUGCACUGCUUGUUGGCGUAGUUGUUAAUGCCGUGCUGCUGCUUUGUAUGUAUUGGAAGGUGUUGUCUGUCCAGAAGGAUGUAGAAGACGUAGUUCCUGAGGAAGAAGUAGUGUCCCAUCGGUUUUCUCCAGCAACAAUGUCACAUCUUAAUUCCUCGAAUUCUCAAGAAUUGAACAAUGCCUUGGAUUCAAUAACUAUCAGCAGCUCUCCUGGGAAUCAUGCUGAGACACUUAGAAAUCGUGGCAAUUUUGGAGAAAGUGAGAUACAAAAUGCCUCGAAAGAAGGAUCCAAUGAUGGACCAGUAGAGAAAAGAGAAGAGAAUGUGUCUUCAAAAACUGAUGAAUAUGAAGACGAAAAUUUCACAUCGUAUGACGAAAAGGAGAAAUGGAAAAAUAUGUUGUGGAAAGUAUGUGUUUACCUGGUUACCAUUGGGAUGCUAAUAGCUUUGUUAAUCGGUCUGAAUAUGUCUUGGACUGCUAUCACUGCAGCACUUGUACUCGUCGUUCUUGAUUUCAAAGAUGCUAGGCCAUCUUUAGAAAAGGUUUCCUAUUCACUCUUGAUAUUCUUCUGUGGUAUGUUCAUCACGGUUGAUGGCUUUAACAAAACUGGGAUUCCAAGUGCUGUUUGGGAUCUUAUGGAGCCAUAUUCCAAGAUAGAUCAUGCUGCGGGAAUAGCAGUUCUUGCUCUGGUCAUACUAGUCCUGUCAAAUGUGGCUUCAAAUGUGCCUACUGUGUUGCUGCUUGGAGCACGCGUAGCUGCAUCAGCAGCUGCAAUAUCUCCUGCUAGCGAGCAGAAAGCAUGGCUCAUCUUAGCCUGGGUCAGCACUGUCGCAGGGAACCUUUCACUAUUAGGCUCAGCAGCAAACUUAAUAGUGUGUGAGCAGGCUCGUCGCGCUCAACACUUCGGCUACAAUCUGUCAUUCUGGAGUCAUCUGAAAUUUGGAGUUCCAUCUACGCUUAUUAUUACAGCCAUUGGUUUGAUUCUUAUUGGAGGAUGACACAUAUUUAGCCACUGUACUUCUGUUCAUAAGCUUCAAAAUAGAUUGUCAGAUUCAGCUCUCAUUCUUGUUUAAGUGUUGAUUCAUGGAAAGGUAUUUAUGAACUGUACAGUUUCUUUAAAUUUUCAGCAUUACCACUUUCAAACUGA